UUUUGCGCAGGAUGGAAUGAUGCAUAUACACAAGUAAAAGUUAGCUAACCAGCUGGAAAUCCAACCUCAUGAGAGCGAAACAUGACUGAAAAUCAGGAGUUUAACGAGCCUUUACACGACAGUAAGGCUGCAUACGUACUUAGCAAUGUUGCUGAAGUGGUUGAGAGAAUCUUGACUUUUGUACCGACAAAAUCGCUGUUCCGGAUUGCGAGUGUGUGCAGGUUGUGGAGGAACUGCGCUCGCAGAGUCCUCAGGACUCAGCAGCAGCUGGCAUGGGUGUCGGUCUGUGGACCUUCCACCACAGAGGCUCAUUCCCUCUGCAGCUCCCUGUCUGAAGAGGUGGAGAAAGUCUUUCUCCUCCCCAAAACAGUUCUGGCUAUGGUGGAUUCUGCUACACUUAAUGAGCAAGUUUAUUGUUACAGACAAAACAAAGCAAAAAGAAGUCGCCAAAGUCCAGACACGGUCCACGAGUUGAACCUGCUUUUCCCCAAAGGCUGUGACGUCCUCGGUAUUACUACACCCGGCAUAGUCUUGACUCCUACUGGCUCUUGCUCCGGCUCUCCUCAGGAGUACCAAGAUGGAGAGGCUGGCUUUGCAGUCAUGUUCCCCAGCACAGAGGGCGUAAACAUCAAGCCCUUCCAUUUUUGCAAGAAGACCAUCUCCCCGACGGCCCUUAAAGAUGCAGGAUUAGUUGAUAACUCAGAGCUGCGUGUAGUGCUGAUAUUUUUUUACGAAGUCUAUAAAACUGGAGGAGCUCGUUUUCUGAAUCAAGUUCUGGAGCCGCUGGCCAAGACCAAGGCUCUGAUCGCAGGAGGGAUUGUGGAAGGUGUGUUCUCUCCUCCCAGACACUGCUGCAGCGAUGGUGCAUACGGCGCAGUGGGACUGGCCCUGAGUGGCCCUAAAGUCCAGGGAGCGUCUGUGCUUCUGGACCAAGAUGUGAGCUGCCCAAAGACCGCGGAAGCCACUAUCCGGCGUCUAAGCGCAGCCAAGAUGCCAGAGAAAAAUACCCUGGGGUUAAUGUUUGCUUGUGUUGGGAGAGGCCAAAACUACUACAAAAAUCAGCCUAACGUGGAGGCAGACGCUUUUCGCAAAGUCUUCCCCAAGACGCCGCUCUUCGGCCUUUUCGGCAACGGAGAGAUCGGCUGCGAUCGCAUCAUUAAAGAUGAUUACACGCUUUGCGACACAGACAUGGACACCCUCCAGCACGAGUACACCACGGUCAUGACCCUUGUCCAUCUGGGCUGAAAGCUUUGCAGUGGUCAAUAGAUCCGCUAAAAGUUGAAAGUUUGCAGAAGAAAUUUAACGACAUGCAUACUAAUAAUGGAGGAUUUUGAACCUUCAAAGCCGAGAAGUUCCCCUUUGGAGGUUUAAAAACAGAUUUUCUGGAGUGUAAAAUACUGUUUGAUAUUUUAAUUUUUUUUAGCAAUAUAUCAGACAUUCAGCGUGCAUUGACAGGACUCCCUUUUCCUUAAAGGUGAGUUUAUGUGUUGCCGUAUUUCUCAAGCAUGUGUAAAGGUUAUUGAUUCUUCAAAGGCACUUUUAUUGUAAGUAAAAGAAACGAGUAACAGGGUAAACGUAUGCAUCUUUUACAUUAAACAGUUUUCCCACAUCUACCCUUUUAAGGGUGUGUAGGUAAACCAUCCAGAAUGUACCCAGUAUUGUGUGACCACAGGGAUAGGCCCCAGCCCCAUGGAAACAUUUAAGAGGGGAAUGUAUAUCAAAUGCAUUUUAUACAUUUAUGCUCCCAAUAAAAGAUGUCAAGCCAACUGAUUAGAAUUCAUGGUUUCGGUUGCAGGAUUGCAGGGGGAAGCUUUCCAGUGUGCUCUGUCCACAUUCCAGAUAAUAAUUUGCUGCUUAUAUUUAUAAAUGCUUGGGCUUUUUUUCAUGUUGCUGUUGAUAAUAAACAGUUUUGGUUCAGAAAA